CGAUUACGAAGUUUGAGUACUUUGUUUCUAAUAAAGCGAAACUAUGUCGAAGUCAUCUUCGAAAUUGUUUAAAUUUUAAAGAUCAAUAUGCCGCAGACGAAGUUUUGGAGAUUAUUGCAUGCUUAGUGCCUGAAGAUGCUAAAAAGAAAACCAGUAAAG